AUGGUGCUUUCAGUGUUAGUGGUGGAGGCGGUCUCGGUGGGGCGAUCGGUGGCCGUGCAGGUGGCGGUCCCCACGCUGACGCUGCCUCGCUCGUCGCUCGAUACAGUCCCGUCAGAGAUAUUGGCCGGGAGCCGGGGAAGUCUCUCGGCGCUGCAGCUUCGGUCGGCGGGACAGCGGCGAGACAGAGGAGGGGCGCGAGGCAGGGUUGUCCUCGUUCCCACAGACUUCAUGGCAAACUCCUGCUCCCCUGCCACCCCACUACCAACACUGCCCAUAGUGGGGUACGGUCAGGGGGAAGAGGCAAGGAGUCAGUCCCCUCCCCUCACGACUACCUCUGUCCCUUUUCUCUGCAUCCCGGUCGGCAAGGGCGGCUUUAGCGGCUCCUGCAUCAGCACCACCUCCUCCUGGCUCUAG